AUGCUCGAAUAUGUACUUUUGGUUGCAUACGCUACAGGUGAAGUGAGAGUGCGCCAAAGCAUCAGCAGAGGAGCCGCUGAUGAGGACCGCGAUAGUCCAUUCACGCAAGGAGCGCAACAGUUAUAUCCAAUGACUUCCUCACGCCCUGAAGACGUUCCAGGUGCAAUCUUGAGGCAUCCGGAAUCACUAGAAAACCACUCUGUCCUGGAAUUACAGCGUUGGCUGGAAUGUAGAGGACUGAAGAAAGUUGGAUCCAAAGUAGAACUGAUUGCAAGAAUACAAAAUUGUAUCAAGGCUGGGAAUGGAGACAGAAUUUUUCUUGGUGUAGAUCAAGGUAAAUGGUAUGAUGCUAAGGCUAGAAUUCUACAACAAGCAUCAACUUCUAGUAGCAGCUCAUUGUGCAAUCCCCUUCUUGAUGCAAUUGUGUGGGGACAUUUUCCUAGCCAUGACUUGCCUAAGUAUUUCAACAAAGGGCAUAUAUAUACUUACAUUGUUGGAAAUAAUGUUGAGAAUGAAGAUCCAGAAAUGCAAGAUAUUUCAGAAAAUAAUACUGUUACAACUGUGAAACCCUUCAGAAAAGGUCAUCAGUUUGUUGAUAGUGACCACAUAAGUUGUGUUGAAGAUGGUCUACAAGACAAUUUUUAUGUGUGCAGAUGCAAGUGUCUCUCAUCAUUUCAAAAAACCUUACAGUAUAAAGUGAAAGUGAUUUUGAAUAAUACAUCUGGGGCUGUAAUAAAUGGAUUCUGUGAAUGUAAACAAUCAGCAUUAGGUAAAUGCAGCCAUGUGACAGCUUUCUUGCUUUUUAUCUGGCAAUAUGUUGAGAAGUUUGGACAUGUGCAAAAAUCUUCAACAAGUCUGCCACGUCAGUGGGGCUUAGGAACCAUGAAACGGAAUCCAGCCACAGUAAAAUCCACUAAAUAUAACAUAAAGAGAUUCAAACCCCUGGAUAGGGCCCAGUAUGAUCCAAGACCCACUGGUUAUACCAAAGAAUUUGAUAUCAAUAGCUUUGUAACUGAUUUGCAGCGAGUUGGGAAUAAUUCAAUGUUCCAAUCAAUAUUCCAUCUAGAAUAUAUGGAUUUUGAAUAUUCAGAAAGUGAACUGAAUGUGCUUAAAAUUCAAACCCAACAAUUCCUGCACAAUUUCACAAAGUACAUGAAGACUUUUGGCAUUGCUCAUGGUACCAAUAAAUUAUUUGAAGUUCCUAAUACUUCUCCUCAAGGAAAUGAUGAGUGGUUGAAAUGGAGAUCCUACUUUAUAACCUCUUCCAAUGCAAAAGUUGUUGCUACUCAAUUAAAAAGUCAGUCAGCAAAGAAAACUUUUUUUUGAAAAAUUUAUGGAUGGUAAAUAAACCUAUUACCACUGCAGCAAUGCUAUAUGGAAAAAAAAACGAAGCUGUGGCAAGACAAAAAUAUAUGAAUAUAUUUUUAGAAGAAAAUCAAAAGUUGAUUGAAACUGGUCUGAUGUACAAUGUGGAAUAUCCUUAUUUUGCAACAAGUCCAGAUGGGGUGGUUAUGGAUGGUGAUCAAAUUGAUCAUAUUAUAGAAAUAAAAUGUCCAAAAGUAUUGGAAAACUGUAAGAGUGUACUCAACUUUGACACUCAUUUAACAAAAAGUCAAAUGAACAACUUUUUUCUAGAGAAGAUAGGUGACAAAAUAUUCAUAAAAAAAAUCAUCCCUACCUGUUCCAGAUUAUUAUGUCUCUCAUAGUUUUUGAUAUUGAGGUAUGCAUUUUAGUUGUUUGGUGUCCAGCAAAUAUGUUAGCAAUUCCAAUAAAUAAAAGUGAUCAUCUAGAAAUUGUCAAUGUGAUAAAAACAGAAGCAAACAAAUUUCAUUGUAAUUAUUAUGUACCUGAGAUGUUUGCCAUGAAAACUGUCAGAGAUUUACCUCCUAUCAAUCUUGGCUUUUGUAUGUAGUUUUUAAGGAACAUAUUUCAAAAAAUAGCAUAUCAUUAUUGUGCAACUCAUGAAUUUUUCUAUUGAACUAAAUGUUAUUACCUUAGGCAUAUGUAUUACUAUUUAUUUAAUAUUGAAGUAAAACUUUGAAUGGAUUGAUUAUAA